GCGUGUUUCGGAAGCGUACCGCGCAGCUGUCAAAAGCCCAAACUCUUCCGUUUACAGAACAACAAAACAACAACAGGGACUUGGGCCAGUGUCCCUCUGAGCGGAGGCUGAGCGUUGAUCUUGAUAAACGAGUCUAGUCGUGAUGCGGUUCACACAACAUUACACCAGCUAGCUUCCGGACCGCGUUCUUUUUCCACUUUCGCCUCGCCUCAGGGUUAUUGUUGUUGUUGUUGUUGUUUUUUACGGACAUGGAGAAAUUUGAAGGCUACAUCUUCACCGCUCUCUGCAGCACCAACUUUUUCGUGUCCUGCCUGCUGUUCUCCAGAGUCACCCGGGAGCAGCGGGAGCCCUACAUGGACGAGAUCUUCCACGUCCCGCAGGCGCAGAAGUACUGCCACGGCAGGUUCAACGAGUGGGACCCAAUGGUCACCACCCUCCCAGGCCUCUACCUGAUCUCCGUAGGCGUCAUCAAGCCCUUGGUGUGGCUCGCCGACCUGACCGGCAGGGUGGUAUGCUCCACGGCCAUGCUGCGCUUCGUCAACCUGCUCUUCAACUGCGGCAACCUCUACCUGCUCUAUCUGCUCAUCGGCAAGCUGCACCUCAGGGAGAAGACACGAACGACCUCACGCCGCGUCCUGUCGGCGCUGUCGCUGUCCACCUUCCCCGUGCUCUAUUUCUUCAACUUCCUCUACUACACCGACGCCGGAUCCACUUUCUUCAUCCUCUUCGCCUACCUCAUGACGCUCUACGGCUGCCACAAAGCCUCCGCGUUCCUGGGGAUGUGCUCCGUGCUCUUCCGCCAGACCAACAUCAUCUGGGUGGCCUUCUGCGCCGGCACGCUGGUGGCCGCCAAAAUGGACGAAGCCUGGAGGGUGGAACAUACGAAAAAGAGGGAUGAGAAGUCUCCACCGUCGCAAGUUCCCCUGUCGUUCAGCGGCGCUAAGAAAAUAAUACUGUUCACGAUUGAGUUCCUCACCUCGGCCAGUCACGUGAAGGCCGUCCUGCUGGUGGCCUGGCCUUACGCGGUGGUCGGCGUUGCUUUCUUGGCGUUCAUGGUGCUGAAUGACGGGAUCGUGGUGGGGGACAGGACGAGCCACGAGGCUUGCUUCAACUUCCCUCAGCUCUUCUACUUCUUCUCCUUCACACUCUUCUUCUCCGCGCCCGUCUCACUUUGUUACCACCGUGCCCUCCGCUUCCUGCAGGCUCUGAAAAAACAGCCUUUGUUCUUCCUCUCCGUCACCGCCGUCUCCCUGCUCCUGGUGUGGAAGUUCACCUUUGUCCACAGGUACCUCCUGGCAGAUAACCGCCAUUUCCCCUUCUACGUGUGGAAGAAUCUUUAUCAGCGGCACGAGCUGGUGCGCUUCCUCCUCGUCCCGGCCUAUGUGUUUGCCGGGUGGAAUUUUUUGGACUCGUUCAAGUCACGCUCGCUCUUCUGGAGUUUGGCCUUCCUGGUGUGCCUCCUGGCCGCCACAGUCCCCCAGAAGCUGCUGGAGUUCCGGUACUUCAUCGUUCCCUACCUGAUGUACCGCCUGCACAUGCCUCUACCCUCUCUUCCCAGACUCAUCCUCGAGUUCCUCCUCUACAUGGCGGUCAAUGCCGCCACCAUUUACAUUUUCAUCGCAAAGGCUUUCCGCUGGCCGGACAGCACCGCCGCGCAGAGGUUCAUGUGGUGAACACGAAGUGAAGCUGGCAUUGGAAAUAAAUCACAAGUAACUUGACUCAAAACAGCGAAUCAAAUCUUAAGGAUUUGUCCAGUGCUACUUCACAGAGAAGCACAACAGGCGUGACAUUGUAAAAGUCAAAGGAAAGCCUCUGUCAUAUCUCAGCAAGUCGUUUCUGACCGGUGUAAUCCACAGGUGUUGGGUACACGUCAGAUGUCCAGGUUUUUUAAAGGCGACAUAUUAUGCUCAUAUUCAGGUUCAUACUUUUAAUUUCCUCUUACUGCCCAUUCCUGCAGCUCCUCUUUUCACCCUCUGUUUAAAACGCCUGGAUUUAUUUUAGCCCCGCCCUCCCAUUUAGCCCCAGUUUGCUCUGAUUGGCCAGCUGGCCCAAGUCUGUUGCGAUUGUCAACCGCUUUCAAAACGUGUAGAGGAGAUGUCACGGGCCUUCACCAGAGAAGUGGAGAUUCUCAGAUUGCAGGCGGGGUUACCCCAAAGGGGUCCAACUGUGACAUCACAGAGAGAGAUAAAUCUGAACCAGUUGUUCAGAGCCAGGCUGUAGGCUUUAGCCAC